GCUGCCUCUCCCCUGCCUCAUGCUUUGAGAUCACACACCUCAGCAAAUGGGAAUUAAACAGUUGAAGCUCUAGCUGUGUCCCAACUUCUGCUGCUGCCUUAGUAUUGAAACUACACUUUUAAACUUUGUACAGCAUGACUUUACUCUCUGAAUGGCAUCAGGUUUCUUAGCAAGAUCAGACAGAGCUCAGCCUUCCACCAUGCCUGUGCCUCCCCCUCCAGCUCCCCCUCCACCCCCGACACUGGCCUUGGCAAAUACUGAAAAGCCAUCACUAAGCAGGUCAGAACAAGCAGGGCGAAAUGCUCUACUAUCUGAUAUUACCAAAGGAAAAAAGCUGAAGAAGACGGUUACUAAUGACAGAAGCGCUCCAAUUCUAGACAAACCCAAAGGACCUGGUGGAGGUAGUGGUGGUAGCUUUGGAGGAGGUGGCAGCGGCAGCGGUUUUGGUGGCAGCAGUGGUGGAAGCUUCGGUGGUGGUGGGCCACCUGGCCUUGGAGGCCUUUUUCAAGCAGGAAUGCCAAAGCUCAGAUCUGCUGCGAGUCGAGAUGCCGAUGCCGGGGGAGGCCGCCCGCCCGCCCUGCCGCCCGGAGGCCGCUCCGCAGCCGCCAAGCCCUUCUCCCCGCCGAGCGGCCCGCCGCGCUUCCCGGGGCCGCCCGCGGGGCCGCGGACCGCCGCGCCCGAGCCGCAGAGGAGCCGCAUGCCGCCGCCGAGGCCCGACGUCGGCUCCAAGCCCGAGGCCGUGCCGCCGCCGGUGCCCAGCACCCCCCGGCCCAUCGCCUCCAGCCUGCACAACAGGGGGUCGCCGCCGGUGCCGGCCGUGAGCCGGCAGCCCAGCCUGGGGCCCUCGCCCCCGCCGUUCCCGGGCAGCCGGAGCGCGGGGCCGGCCGGGUCCCUCCGGCAGCCCGGCCCCGGCGCCGCGCCGCCCUUCGCCGGCCGGCCGCCGCUGCCGCCCACCCCGGGCCGGCCGGCGGAGGACAAGCCGCCGCCCCCGCCGCCCCCCGCCGGGCACAGGCCGCCCGCCGCCCGGGAGGCGGCUCUGCCCCCGCCGCCGCCGCAGAACAGCAAGCCGCCCGUGCCCGCCGUCCCCCGGCCCGGCCUCGGCGCCCCGGCGCCCCCGCCGCCCCCCAGCAGGCCGGGGCCGCCCCCCGUCCCGCCCGUCCCCGGCGGCAGCGACGAGAUGCCGCGGCUGCCCCAGCGGAACCUCUCGCUGGGGUCCUCCUCGGCGCCCGGCGGCGGGGGGGGCCGCUCCGGGCCCCUGCCCCCCCCGCCCAGCGAGAGGCCCCCGCCGCCCGUCAGAGACCCCCCCAGCCGGUCAGGCCCCCUCCCACCACCUCCUCCCAUAAGCAGGAAUGGAAGCACUUCGAGGGCUUUGCCUGCUGCUCCCCAGCUGCCCUCCCGGGCAGGGCUGGACAGCCAGAGGGGUGGACCACGACCGCCGCUUCCCCCUGACCGGCCAGGCUCAGCAGCACCACCGCCACCACCACCGCCUUCAUCAGCUCUCAGAAACGGCUUCCAGGAUCCAGGUGAUGAUGAGUGGGAAAGCAGAUUUUCUUUUCAUCCUAUAUCUGAUUUGCCACCUCCAGAGCCAUAUGUACCCAUGAACAGAAGUUAUCCCAGUAAACUAGCAAGAAAUGAAAGUAGAGGUGGCUCUGGCCGAAAAGAAAGAGGUGCCCCCCCGCUUCCGCCUAUACCGAGGUGAAAUGGGUUCUGGCCCAUCCUUGGACGACGUCUGUUUUCAAGUUUCCUUCAACUCAGCUUUCCUGUCCACAUCAUUGGAAAGUUGUCUGUUUUGCUUUAUUUCCACUUUUGGCUUGUCAGCUGGAACAAACUUCAGUCUCUAUUACAGAAGUAAUAGAUUCAGCUUACGAACUAUAGUUGCUCAAAGCUAUAAAUUUUAUUUGCUUAUGCUGCAGGCUGUCAUGAAAGGCAUGUUGUGGACCAUACACAACAUACGUGCAUCACGCUUACCGUGUCCAGCCCUGUCCCGCUGAGAGGUCCACGAGAGGUCUAGCUUUGAAUUUAAUGAGAGCUGGAACAAAACUGUUUCAUUCACUUUGGGUGCAGUGGCUGUAUUAUUUGAAUGAUAAAGUACAAUCUAUUUUUUGUUUAAAAAACAGGGAAAACUGUGUAGCCAGGAGUCCCCUGGGUCCUUCUUUGCAUGCCUAACUUGGCCCAUCUGCUUCUGCAGGACAUAGGCCUACUACAUGGUGACCAAGAGUUCAUCUUAAACCUUUUCACUUCAGCAAGUCUUAUUUUAAACAAUAGUUAUCACAUCUUGUCCCCGAGGAUAAAGUGUGUCUGGCCUUGUUUUUAUCUGCGGAGAAUCUUCCAAAGAAAAGCGCAAGUGAAGAAUUCAGCAGCAUAAAAAUAUCUUUUAUUUUUAUCCCUCUCUCCUUGUUUCUUUAAUAGUGUUAUGCUUUUAGUCACCUAAUUCUUUCCUACUCUGAUGUGGACCAACCCUGUCAUCCAUGUCCUGGAUUAUCCCUCUACCUGGGACUAUAUGCAAAGAGUCCUCAGAAAGCCAUCUGGGUGCAAAUGCAGCCAUUAUUGUAGUUGCAGGCUCCUUCUGUAAAGUAUCGCUAACACCAGUGCUCCACAGACUGCUUUCCAGUUGUUUCUUUGGUUGAACCCGUUAAAUGAUGGGGUUUGACUUAAAAAGCUUUCUGGGGCUUCGGUCACAAGUCUCAGAGAGAUUGACUUGCGUUACGGUAGAGCAGCUGAGGUCAAAAAUGUGGGUAAGUGAAAGCCCUUUGGUGUAGUGAAUGAGGUCUGGGGUUUGUGUGUUCAAAUGGGAGCAAUACCAUAAAUUUGGAGCAUCAGCUCCAAAAUUUGCUCUCCGCACUGGUUCAAGAGAAAUGGGAAGAUUUGGCCUUCCGAGUUUACCACAAAGCCUGUCCUUUCAAACCUUGCUGAGAGGAGACGCCACAGAGAGCUGCAAGGCUUACGCUGAUAGAAGAGAGAGUGAAGUCUUCUAACAUUGUGACAAUUGGUUAAUACGUUUAAUAGCUCUUUAAUUUUGUAUAUGAGAAAAGAGUUCAUUGUAUGAGUGCAUUUUAAAAAUAGGUCUAAAUGCAUAUAAAAUGCCUUUGGAAAUCAGAGGAAGAUUGUAAUUAUGGAUUGGAAAUAUUGCUGAAUGACAGUUCUUUGUUAAUUGGACUUUUGAAAGCUAGCUCUGAAAAAUUUCUGCUCUGUCUCCCCAACGGUUUCUGUUUCUUCGCCAGACUCCUUGGGAUCCCUGUCAACCUGUAUGAGCAGUCGUGCUUCGCAGGGUGUUGCUCAAAACCCUUCCCCCUGCCACCCACCCCACCACCCCGCCCCCCCCAAAAAAACCCAAAACAAAACAAAAAACAAACCAAAACAAAAAAAAACCACAAACCCCAAAAAACUAGUCAUGUAGGUUAAGAAAAUGUUUCUCUAGCAUGGAAGACAUGAUCCUAAGUAUGCUCUGCAGCUAGAAUGAGGUCAGUCUUGAAAAUGUAGGGAAUUUAGGUGAAGGGAGUCUGGACCGCACUGAAGUGUGUGUGCAUAGGGCUUUCUGCUGUCAGUGGGUGGGGGGGGGCAGACCCCCUUUCUGCCUGGCAGCCUGGACAGUCACAGGGUUGAGACAGAGUUGGAUUUGGCCAGAUCCAAUUUAAUUUGGCCUUUUUGACGUUUGUUUACAAAGUCUUGUUAGCUGUGAUAGGAUUUGAUUAUAUACCUGGUUUUUACAUUUUUAUAUCUAAUGACCUAUUUUAAGUUACUAUUUAUGGUCUUGAACCUGCAAUUAAAUGCGCAGGCGCAGGGAUGUAUCUACAUCUAAUUGCAGGAUCAUGGCUGUAAGAGUUUCUUAAGAUAGUAGUGGGACCUCCAUGUGACAGGUGCACCUUGGGAUCAAACCUAACGCAAUACUGAAUUUUUAUAUGUAUUUUGUGGAUGUCACUUAAAGUGCCUAUCUCUUUGGGAUAUUAUUAUGUGAAUAGAAGUCCAAAUAAAAUUUUUAGGAUAAUAACUUAAAGGAUAAAUUAUUGUAUUCAUGUUUUUAAACUGAAGCACUUAAAAACUUUCUAAAGAAAUUUUGAAUUUCAGAAUACAAUAUUUUCCAGUACCUUGACCUGCCAAAUCCUUAUUAAUAUCCAAAUAGCUAUGCAGCCAAAAAAAACCCCCAAAACCCAGAAUCUCCAGAAACUACACCUUUUUGUAACUUACCUGCUUCUAGUAUGACUCUCUUGCUUUAAGUCAAUAAAAAUGCUGCACAUUGUUCUGCCAGCUCCCUGCAUCAUUGAAAAUAUCCUAUAUUUGAUCUUUUGAGCAAGGUUUUCUGACUGGAAAUUCCGGACCACUACCAAAGACUUAGCAAACCAGCUUCAGUCUCACUUUAAAAUGUGCUGUGUGAAGGCCCUUCGUCAACAAGCUGGGAAACCUGAGCUAUUUGGAUUUUAGCACUUUUUUGUACUACAGAAACCUCUUCAGAAUGGAUGUUUGGCAUAUAUGUAAAAUAGCUUAACAAUGCAGAAAGAGGGUUUUUUUCACGUAACAACUUUACUAUUUAUAUCUUUUGCCAUAAAAGUCCCUAGGUAUAUUCCAGAACAAUGCAGCAUUUUAUCAUUCAAUACAUUGCUUCAUGUAUCAGUAGCUAUUUACAAUAUGAUCAGUAUUAAAGUAUUUAUUUCACUAUGAACUGUUAAAAACGAAGAAUACAAAGCAGAUCUAAUCAAUGGUGCCUUAUGACUUCUUUAGUCAACUUUUCUGUGUCUCACUAAAAUAAUUAAUAGGCAUUGCUCUUCCAAACCCUAGUGUAAAUAGUGUCGACAGUAGCUUUACACAGUGUUUGAGGCAAGUCCUGCUGUUGUAAUGUGCUCAGUCUGCUAACGUCAGAGUGAGCUCAGCGUAUGACGAGACUGUUGAAUCAGUCUUUAGGCGAGGUGUAAGUGAGCACUGGUUAGCCUCACAAUCAAUUGUUGGUAUUGCUCUGGAAAAUUUAACCCUUUCCCAAAACCAGUGUCUCACACUGCUGUCCAUACAGCCCAGCUGACUUUGGUGUGGUUGCAUAGCUUAUUAGAGGACUAAAUUAUGAUUCACUGCUUGCAUGUAAGAUUUACUGGGUUUGUUUCAAUGGCAUUGUAUUAUAAACCUACACACCUCAAACUAUCUUUUUAUGUCAUCACUAAGACUCGUGUUGCAUGACAAUGGCCACAGCUGUUCAUUUCUGUUUAAUUCAAGUCAGUAAAUGGGAAUAACUUGUACCACAUGAAAAUAAUUUCUGCUCAAUAUUUUUGGAAGCACAUGUUAUGUCUGUUAUGACUUUCUACACCAGCCAUUGGGAGAAGGGAUCACGGUGAUUAGUGUUCAUAAUUGUUAAAGGGAACUCAGCUUGUGAUUCAGGAAGCAUGUAUUUCUGUAAAUGAAUUGCAUCUUAAAUAAGGUUGUAAAGUUCUUGUUUAGAAGCCAGCAUUUCCCAACGCUAAAAGAAUCAUAAAAAUUAUUUUAUUUUUUUUCCUGUAAGGCUGAACUAUCCAAGAAGUUCCUUAAAUUGUCACUUUAAAAACUGGAUGGUAGUUUCUACUUGCAGCAACAACUGUUUACAUGUCACUUGUAGAAGUAGGUCUCUGUUGGAGCAGAGGAUGAGGGAACUGAUUGUGCUUCACGUAUAUUGUAACACAACAAUUUUCUGUGCAGAAGUAUGGAGAUGGAAAGGGUACUUUUUUCCUUGGAAGCAAAGAAUGGAGUUGAAUGAUCAAACUGGGAUUAUUUCAAGCAGAAUGUCAAAUGUCAGGAGACCUAGAGAGGGCCCCUCAGCCACAGGACACCAGAAAGGAGAAGAUGGCUCAAGGAAAUAAAAACCAAUUGGCUGAAUGUUGCUAUCAAUACUAGAGUACAAAUUACAAUAUAAAAUGUGCAUGUAUGUACCAUCAUGUCGCAAUAGUGUCUCACAGUCAGGUGCGAACAACCUGUUAUGGCGGUACAUUGACUCUAUAACAUACUGUAUGAACUUUAAUAUUUCAAAUGGUAUUCACCGGAAAAUAAGGAGAAUCUCUUACCUAAGAUAACACAUUAAAUGUAGCUAAUUCAUGGAGUGGUUCUUCAUGUACAUUGGGAGAAAACGAGGAUCUUGUAGCCUGUUACGUGGCAGUGUCUGGACCAUUCAGUUGAAAUGUAAACCUGGAGCACUGGCAAAAAGAGGAGCAUUGCAGUUAGCAGAAGCAGGGCACGUGUGUAUGUUCUCAGUAAGUGCAUAUGCAGCAGGUAGGUAAACAGGCUAAAAGAAAAAAAUGGAAACUGCAUGUCUUAAAAAAGGGAGUAACCCUUCAGUAUGUUGCCAUUUUUGAAAUACAGUUUCUCCGUGAUAAAUGUUCGUUAGUGUAAACUAAUGCAUGCAAAGGAAGACAUCAAAAUUUGGACUUCCAAAGCCACACGAAACUAUGAAAGAGAUAAACAUAACUUAAAACAUAGGCUGAGCAGAAAGUGACAUGUUUUUAUCAGAUGCUUAAAGUCUGAGCUUUUUAUAAAAUGUUAAUCUAGUUCUGUGAAUAUUUUUUUGCUUAACAUUUAUUUUGUGUGUGAUUUUGUUCUCCUUAUUUUUCUGUCCUAUGCCAAAUAAAUUUUACUUUUAUUUAA